UGUUCUUCUCGUUGUUGUACCUAAAAGUUGCUCUGCAUUAUGUCUGGUCGCGGUAAAGGAGGUAAAGUCAAGGGAAAGUCAAAGACUCGUUCAAGCCGAGCUGGUCUUCAAUUCCCGGUUGGUCGUAUCCAUCGACUCUUGCGCAAGGGUAAUUACGCUGAGCGAGUUGGAGCAGGGGCCCCGGUUUACCUCUCUGCUGUGAUGGAAUACUUGGCUGCUGAAGUCUUGGAAUUGGCAGGCAAUGCUGCCCGUGAUAAUAAGAAGACUCGAAUCAUUCCUCGUCACCUUCAACUUGCUAUUCGCAAUGACGAAGAAUUAAACAAAUUACUCUCAGGAGUAACCAUCGCCCAGGGUGGAGUCCUGCCGAACAUUCAGGCAGUUCUGUUACCGAAGAAGACUGAGAAAAAGGCAUAAAUUCGUCUUCGGUAAACCCUUCAUAAAUCGGCCCUUUUCAGGGCCACCAAAAUAAUUCAAGAGCAAAGAAUUUUAUCCGCUAUCAUGAAACUUUUCUUACACCCGACCUCAUUCAUUUUUUCCUGGUCGAUAAAUCUAGAAAUGACAUAUUCAAAUUCACGUUCACGCCAGUAAAGGACGGCAGAGAACAGAU